AUGGAAGCAGAAUUCUGUGUGAUUUCAGGUUUCAAGCAACAGGCAGAAAUCACACCAUCCUCAAAGCCUCAUCCACCUGUUGUGGGCAAAGUGACUCAUCACAGUAUCGAAUUAUACUGGGAUCUGGAGAAGAAAGUAACACGACAAGGACCUCAGGAGCAGUGGUUCAGAUUUUCAAUCGAAGAAGAAGAUCCCAAAAUGCACACUUACGGUAUCAUUUAUACGGGAUACGCAACAAAGCAUGUUGUUGAAGGUCUGGAGCCAAGGACCCUCUAUCGAUUUCGACUGAAGGUCACCAGCCCCUCUGGAGAAUACCAGUACAGCCCAGUCAUUUCUGUGUCUACAACCAGAGAACCCAUGAGUAGCGAGCAUUUCCAUCGCGCUGUCAACGUGAACGAUGAAGAUUUGCUUGUUCGAAUCCUUCAAGGAGGCCACGUGAAGGUUGAUGUUCCUAAUAAGUUUGGCUUUACUGCACUGAUGGUAGCGGCCCAGAAAGGAUACACCAGGCUUGUGAAGCUUCUAGUUUCCAAUGGCACCGACGUGAAUCUGAAGAACGGAAGUGGUAAGGACAGCCUCAUGCUUGCGUGCUAUGCGGGGCACCUGGAUGUUGUGAAGUAUCUCCGGAAACACGGCGCUUCCUGGGAGACUAGAGACCUGGGAGGCUGCACAGCUCUCCACUGGGCUGCCGAUGGAGGCCACUGUGGGGUAAUUGAAUGGAUGAUCAAGGAGGGCUGCGAGGUAGACGUUGUGGAUAGUGGCUCAGGGUGGACCCCACUCAUGCGACUCUCCGCAGUCUCCGGAAACCAGAAAGUAGCGUCUCUUCUGAUCGAAGCUGGAGCAGACGUAAACGUGAAAGAUAAAGAUGGGAAGACCCCACUGAUGGUGGCCGUGUUAAAUAAUCACGAAGCAUUAGUCCAGCUACUUCUUGACAACGGGGCGGAUGCAAGUGUCAAAAACGAGUUCGGCAAAGGCGUCUUAGAGAUGGCGAGAGUCUUCGACAGACAGAACGUCGUCUCCUUACUAGAAGAAAGGAAGAGGCAGUGCAGACAGCAGAAGCCAUUUCCCUGCUGA